AGGGAGGGUGCAGCCCAAAGCCGAGUCCGGCAAGUCCGUCCACUCGGCGUGACCAUCCCCGGGCGAGACGCCCUGGAUCCCGCGACUCUCGCGCCGGCGGGCACCGCGGGUGCCGCGUUCACCUGCUGGGCUGCGGAGUUUGCAGUCUGCACCGCUCGCUGCUCCUAGCCUGGUCCCCCAGCCGCGCAACACCCCGCGUCCCUGUGCCUCGCGCAGGUGGUGCAAACGCCCCGGCUCUCCGGCGCCCCCUGCCGGGGAGAGGGACGGCGGCCGCGGAGGAGCCGCGCGCAGGGCGGGGAGCGGGCUCCGGCGCCGGGAAGAAGUCGGGAGCGUCCCUGAUGGUGCCGCCGUCUCCGAGCCGGGGAGGAGCGGCGAGGGGGCAGCUGGGCAAGAGCCUGGGUCCGCUGCUGCUGCUCUUGGCGCUGGGGCACACGUGGAGCUACCGAGAGGACCCUGAGGACAGCGACAGAGAAGUCUGCUCAGAAAACAAAAUCGCCACGACUAAAUACCCGUGUCUGAAGGCUUCGGGUGAGCUCACCACGUGUUUCAGGAAAAAGUGCUGCAAAGGGUAUAAAUUUGUUCUUGGACAAUGCAUCCCAGAAGAUUAUGACGUGUGUGCCGAGGCCCCCUGCGAACAGCAGUGCACAGAUAACUUCGGGCGCGUGCUGUGCACUUGUUAUCCGGGAUACCGCUAUGACCGGGAGAGACACCGGAAGCGGGAGAAGCCCUACUGCCUAGAUAUCGAUGAGUGUGCCACCAGCAAUGAGACACUGUGUGCACACAUCUGUGUCAACACCUUGGGCAGCUACCGCUGUGAAUGCCGGGAGGGCUACAUCCAGGAGGACGAUGGGAGGACGUGCACCAAGGGAGACAAAUACCCCAACGACACUGGGCACGACGAGAAGUCCGAGAGCACGGUGAGAGCCGGAACCUGCUGUGCCACGUGCAAGGAGUUUCACCAGAUGAAGCAGACGGUGCUGCAGCUGAAGCAAAAGAUUGCCCUGCUCCCCAACAGUGCCGCUGACCUGGGCAAGUACAUCACUGACAACAAAGUGCUGGCCUCCAAUGCCUACCUUCCAGGACCUCCUGGCCUGCCUGGGGACCAGGGCCCUCCCGGCUCGCCAGGACCGAAGGGCAGCCCCGGCUUUCCUGGAGUGCCAGGUCCCCCUGGGCAGCCCGGCCCACGCGGCUCCAUGGGACCCAUGGGACCAUCUCCUGAUCUGUCCCACAUCAAGCAAGGCCGGAGGGGCCCUGUGGGUCCACCAGGUGCACCAGGAAGAGAUGGUUCUAAGGGGGAGAGAGGAGCACCUGGACCCAGAGGGACUCCAGGACCCCCUGGCUCUUUCGACUUCCUGCUGCUCAUGCUGGCCGACAUCCGCAACGACAUCGCCGAGCUGCAGGAGAAGGUGUUCGGGCACCGGACUCACUCUUCGGCGGAGGAGUUCCCUUCACCUCAGGAAUUUUCCAGCUAUCCGGAAACCGUGGACUUCGGCUCUGGAGACGACUACCCCAAAAGAACCGAGACGAGAGACUUGGGGGCCCCCAGAGACUUUGAUCCUUAGCGCAUCCCAGGAUCUUUGUGCCAAAGGAAGAGAAGAGUUUUCACACCCGAAGUUACAUCAUCGGGGGGAAAAAAACACGCACACGCACCACCGGAGACCUAGAAAAGAUGCAUUUUUAUUAUCUUUACUCUUUUCUUUCUACUCCUCUUCAUCCAAAUACCAUUUUCAGAGGCCCCCGCUGGGCAUGAGGGACUGAAUGGUGGAUGCUCUGGCUUCUGCUUCUCUCCCAGAGCAGUCGGGGCAUCUCCUUGGGAACUUCUCUUUUACUUUUUUGUCAAGAUUUUCUGGAUUUCUGAGUUAAGUAUUAUCACAGUAUCUUAAAUUUAACAGAAUAAAAGGGGAAAGUGGCAAGGUGAGCUCAAAGAAAUGUGAGGUUACUUAUGAAAUAUAUACACGGGCGUGUGCCUCCAAAAGAGACCGUGACUCCUCAGAAUCAAAAUUAGGGCUCGUCAGUUAAAUGGACGAGACGACAAUGCAUAGUUACAUCAUUCUUUUUCCUUGUCGAUGUAACGGAUUUUAAAUAUUCUAGCCUCUUGUCCAACCUAGUUUCCCAAUUUUUCUUAAAGAAAGGAGAGAAUUAAGAAGGAGCAGAGAUUAGGAAAGAGAUUAAAAUAACAGUCAUAUGUUUACUGUCGUAUAGGUUGCCACAUUCCAGAUUCAAAUACGACUGUUAGGAGUUCGUGCCGCGCUUAUCUAUAACUAUCCUAUUCAGGGAAGAAAGCCACUCUAGCUGUAGAAAUAAAUCCUCUUUUCAAAACAGAGUGAAUGAAGUGCCCUGAUUCACAUGAGAACAGUGACCCCUACUUGGCCAGGACAUUUUAAAGCCGUUAUAUCAAAUGAGAGAGCUUGCUCGGUAAAUCACAGGUUAUUUAUUAAAUAAGGGGGCCUGACCUUUAUAGAGAGGUACAGAACUCGCUGGCUCUGAUCAGCUGUCUAGAGGCGCCACUGGGCCUUGAUCCCGGCUGAGUCAGCACACAGUGGGGCUCGGGGCUGGAAGCAGGUGGUUGGCUUGGGCUGUUGGUGUGGGGGCAAGGGAGCCUCGGGCAGGGUCCCCGCUGACCAGCAGAGACAGGCUACUUUGCUUUCCUCGUCUGGCAUCAGCCAAGCUUGUCAACAUAGAGAAUACCACACUAUUGAAAGUUCUCAGGUGUGGAGAGAGAAAAACAAUAGUUCUCCUUGUUUGGUAGAAAUUUUCUUGCUCCUAGUCCCAUUUUUCCUUAAUUUUCCAUAAGUUAGUCCAAGUUCCAGUUCUUACAGGCCUUAUCCUUGAUCCUUGAUUUCCGUUCCCCGGAAAAUGCGGGACACAGUUGGGAAAGGGGUACAUCCCCAAACCUCUGCUUCAGUCAGUGUUCGCUCAUACACUUCUGGAUCCCAGAGAAAGGCAGAUUCCAGAAGAGGCUUUCCCUGCAUCCUUAGAGACAGCAGCAAGAGUCGGUACCCAGGAGAACAACAGAAGCGUCUCCUUUGUAAGAUGGUUGGGGAACCUCUUGGUUUUGAUGGGUGGCUUACAGGUUUCUUCAAGUCCAUGUCCUCAUGUCACACAGAAUGGCUUUUCAUCCACCUGUUCAGGAGACCUUCACCCUUAUACUGAACCUCUCCACUGAUCAUUGCCACAGCUCGGGUUUGCUCCUGCGAGGGUUCCCAUUUCCCACCUGUGAUUUCCCCCUAUAUUCUGGGAGGUUGGCGAUUUUCCUUUUCCAUCGUUUAACUGUCCUCUUUGGAAAGCUCGUUUAAAGAGACCUGCUGUUGGUGUUUGCAUGCCACGCUUCAGGUUUCUUCAGAAUGAUAGGAAGGGCUUCUGUCUGUGAAUCUCAAGUGACAACAGCCUUCCUCCCCUCGUUUCCAUGAGAAACACAGGACUCCAGUCAGUCAGCUGGUGGCUGUUUUUCACAGAUACUUUACUCCACUAUAUCUUCCUCAUGCAAAAUCUCCAGUGACUGUCCACCAGAAUGGUACAGCUGAAAGCAAGUUCAUUCUCAAUACUCCUUUUCUAGCCUCUUCCUUUCCCGCUUCAGACUCUCUAGGAUACAGUCUUUGCAGCAGAAGGCCUCACCAACCACAGGUUUACGAAGAGAUGCACAGCUGUCGAUUCCCAUCUGGAACAUGUUUAAUGUUUGCCUGCUUGUGGAGCACAGUCUUUAAAAGGUGUAAGUGGAUGAAUGCUAAAGAAAACUAUGCACUGCUCUAUGAGAAAUGAUUAGAUCCAGCUUUGAUUUUUUUUAAAAAAAACAUGAGAAAUUUUGUUACCUUUUCUUCAUGGUGAACUGUGUUUAGAAAUGUAAUCUUUAUUGUUAAAUGCUCAUAAGAUGCAACCAGAUUACACGUUUGACGUGCAGAAGCUAGGAUAAAUAUAUUAAAAGAAUGGUCGAAAGUUGUAAUAUUGGAGAUUUACGAGACUAUUCUAGAUAAUAUUCACUAGCAAAACACAAUAACCUGUUUUUUAUCAUCUCAAUCUCCUGGAUCAGGUUCAUUUAUAAAAUAAUUAUUCAUCCUCAGAUUUUCAAAACUUGGACUAAAUAUGUACUCUGUAUGCCCAAAUUAUAUUUUUCAAAGAUAUAUUUGGCAUAAAAAUGCACUGUUAUUUCCUGUGUAUCUUUUAGUUAUGUAUAGGAAACCACUGUUUCACUGUCUAAACAGGCCAUCUGCUCAAGACAGAACGGGAAAACCAUUUGGGGAGUAAAAUUUGCUAGUUUUGCUACGCCACUUCAUGUUUUCAGGGGGAAAAAGAUCUUCGCAUACCUUUCUAGCAGAAAUGUGGACCUCAGAUUUUUGCACCCUGGUAACUAGCUUUGUGAAUAGGACUUAAUAAUCGAUUGCUCCAAUUUGGAGAAAGCAAUGGGAAUGAAAAUCUGGUAUGGAAAACAGAACAAGGAGGGCAUACACUUUAGUUUAAGAAUAUCCCCCCACCUUUCCCAAGAAAUUAUCAGCUUUCUAUGCCAAAGGGCAUGAGGGUAUAACAGGAAUGCUAUCUUCUGUGUUCAUUUCAACAUCUACUGCAGAAGGAACUGAUCAACUGAGGUCAUUUCUACUGUAUAUACUCAGACAGGUAUGUCCAUAGUUAAACAGGUGAAUAAUAAAUGCGCUCUGGCGUGGAGGGAGGGGCAGUACUCCACCACAUACUAGGUGAAGGGCCCGUGGUUCUAGCCAUGCUCCCUUUCCAUGACUUUGGCCAUGUGAGCCCUAAUUCCGGGCACACAGGGCACGAUAUUCUCUCUGACUAGGCGCCAGACAUUUCCUUGGGUUGACAGCAAACCCCUCAUCAUACAUUGGGUUUCACUCCCCAUCCCUCUCUCCCCUCCAACCUGUCUCAGAGAGAGGCAGCAGCCUCAUCGUGCAAACUUAACAUCCUCCGGAUAACCUUCCUGAAAGGGACAUUUCUUUGCAGGAAUCCAGGCCAAAGAACUAGUAGAAUGGAGCCAUCUGAAGUUAUUAAUAAUGAAUUCAGGGAAAUAAAUGAAUUUUUUCCUGGCGUAGUCAGUACGUAUGUUUCACAACAAAUCAAAAAAUAAUUUUCCAUUUGAGAAAAAAAUGACUAUAAUUGUUAAAGCAGAAACCCUUGGACUUCACACGCUUCUUCAACAAAUAUUACUGCUUUAGGGAAAUCGUAGUAAAAAAGACUCCUUUAUAUAUCCCCAGAGACCUCAUCCCCAAGCGCUCUGGGGAGUUUCCUGUGUGUGUCAUGGUGCUGUGUUUAUUUCCCAGUGACUGGUCAUCAUCUUCAGUAGCCAUGUUGUUCAUUAUCACAAGUCCAUAUAACAGCUGAGCUAGUAUUCCAAUAGUUCUGGCUGUGAUACUAUGAAGUACUUUCGAUAAGAUUGUAUAUGCUUAAUAACAAAGUUAUUUUUCUUAUGUGAUUGUCCUGUGUUUUGUCCUGACACCGGGUCCUAUGGAACAUGUUGUCUUUUUACAAGAUGAAUACAAAGAGAUGGGGAGAGACAAUUCUCUGGAGAGCCGGAAACUGCAUUCUGGGUAGGCCGCCUCCUGGGGUCUGAGUGUGGUCCCAACAUUUGGAUCUGAGUCAAGGUCUGGAGACCGGGGUUCCUCUGAAUUCUGAGUCUCGGAGGUCCACGUCCCCCAGCUGAGAGUAUCCUCUGGGACUCCCGGCUGGGACUUUCAAAACAGGUACUCUCUGGGGUUUCUAAGGAGCUCACAGAUGGAAGGCCUGUUAGGGUUCCACCCUCUUCCUCUCACUGUACCCCGAGCAACUCAAUCUUCAACUGGCUUUGGAUUAGAAUUCCACGUAA